CACGCAGCGAUGUCGUUAUCGGCAUAAUUGCCACACAGUUGCGCGCAAAGAUCGGGCUUCGUGUAGGAGUUCCAUGUGCAUAUUUGGCAAGAAAUCCAAAGUUAUGCGCCAGCUAUGACAGGGGCUUAGCAACAUUUUACUUGCCGCGUCAGAGUAGAGGAAUCAAUCCUCUGGAUAAUAGUAGCUUUGUCAUCAGGUUUAGACAAUGCUGCAACCAAGAUACUGCUCAGUAACUUCUGGGCGAACUAAAGCUCUGCCCUUCCAUCCGUCGCGUCCUUUGGCUCACGGCUGCUUGCCAACCGCUUGUUCUGUGUAUCGCAAAAUGUCAAAAUCACAACAGCCCAUACAUGGGCAGGUCGCGGCUAGCGCACAGGGUGUUGCCACCGAACCCCAAAUCGCAAGCAGCGUUGUGACGCAGGAAGCCCGGCGAGCGGUGUUCGAGCCUGCUAAGGAGCAGUAUCCCGAGGCCGAGGCUCUGGUGAUCUCCGGCCGCCUGCCCAGCUGGUUGUCCGGCUCCCUGCUGCUGAACGGCUGCGGGGACUACCGCGGCGGCAUGCGACACCUCUUUGAUGGCUUCGCAUGUCUCACACGCGUUCGGCUAGACGGGGGUCGAGGCAGCGCUACGGCUAGCCAGCGCUUCCUGGAGUCGGACGCGUACCGGAGCUUCCGGCGCACGGGCCGUCUGAAAUACCGCGAGUUCGCAACACCUGUGCCCGCGGAGGGACCCGUGGGUCGCGCCAUGGCGGUGGCCGGCAACCUGGUCACACUGAUGUCGGGCGGCCGCGCCUUCACGGACAACGCCUCCGUCAGCCUGACGCCGCUGCCGGGGGGGCGGCUGCUGGCGCUCAGCGAGGCCCGCUCCGCCACCUUCCUGGUGGACCCCGUCAGCCUCGCCACCCUGCAGCAUGUGUCGUACUCGGAUGUACGGCAUGCGGGUACGACAUCCCCAUCCCCAUCCUCAUCAUGGUCUCCCCCAGCGGCGCCGGCAGGGGCCAAGGAUACCGUGCCGGGUGACCUCACAACCGCACACCCAAAGGUUGCGCCCGACGGUCAAACUUUGGUCAACUUCGCCCGCACCUUGCCGUACGGCGGUUACCACGUGUACCUGCAGGACCCCGUGACACUGGCGCGCAGGGAGAUCGCCUUCAUCCGCGACCGCGACCCGCUGUCCCCCUGCUGGGUGCACGACAUGGCGCUCAGCCGCCGCCACCUGGUCAUCGUGGAGCCGCCGCUGUUCAUGAGCCUGCCCUCACUGGUGCUGGGCCGCCCGCGACCCUUCGUCUUCAUGGACUGGCGGCCGGCGGCGGGCACACGAGUGCACGUGGUGGCGCUGGACGGAUCCGGGGUGGUAACCCACACCGCCCCGCCGCUCUUCACCUUCCACUUUGCCAAUGCCUUUGAGCGGCCCGCGACCGCCCCGCCACCCGGCAGCAGUAACACCGGUGGCGGCGGUAGCGCUUCCGAGAUCUGUGUUGACUUCAGUGUGUACGACGAUCCGGAGAUUCUCAACGAUCUCUCGCUGGAGCGGCUGCAGGACUUCCCGGGCAAGGACAUCUCCCCCAGCCGGUUGCGGCGGCUGCUCAUCCCCCUGACGGACGCCGCCGGCCGACCCGUGGGUCCCUCCUCGCUGGCCGCCCCCGUCCCGCUGCUAAGGGACGAAGACGCGUACGGCAACUUCAUAGAGUUCCCCGCCUUUAACCCCAGGUUCCGCGGUCUGCCGUACCGCUACGUGUACGGCACCGCGGCCGUACGACCCACCAACAUGGGCAAUGCCCUGGCGCGACACGACCUGGCGGGGGGGAGCAGCAAGCUGUGGCACGAGCCGGGGGGCAUGCCGGCUGAGCCCAUCUUUGUGCCCCGGCCGGGCGGUACGGCGGAGGAGGACGGUGUCGUACUCUCCGUGGUGACGCGUCCUGACGGCUGCAGCAUGCUGCUGGUGCUGGACGGGGGCAGCUGGCGCGAGGUGGCGCGGGUGGCGCUGCCGGUGGGGGUGCCGUACAGGUUCCACGGGGCCUGGGUGGCGGAGGAGGGAGGGGACGGGUGAGGAGGUGAGGGGUGACGGGUGGAGGUUGAGGGACCUGCUGGGCGUUGACAUUUAACGAGGUUUAUUUGUCCUAGGCAUGCCGAGGGGAUCAUGCGGGGGCUACUGGUGCAGGUGUUUUAGAUGUGGGGGUUCACGUGCAGGUGGGAGUUCCCAGGGAGGUGGUACGUGGGAGGGCAUGCGUGGCGAGAUUUGGUAACUUGAGGUGACUUGCAGGCGACAGUGCGGGCGAGCGGAGGAGGGGUUGUGAGAGUGCUUGUUGCGUGGGUUGUGGGCAGCAUUAGGACAUUCGAGAGUCCCGACUUCAGGCAGGCAUCUUCACAUUUAGCAUCCGCGAGUUGCCCUAACGUAUGCUAAAUCCUGAUCAUGUCACCUGUGGACAUCUGACAUGACACCUCAACGUUCGAUGGACCUAUCCGACAUGUUUAAUGGAACACUAUGCCUGGCUUACGGAAACCUUCGUUCAUCCCUCGAUUUAUACUAGCUCGUAUAUAGACGAGCUGGUACCUCCGCUGAGCCACAUGCAAGCGGGCUGUCGUUAUAUCGAAAUAUCGGCUAGC